AUGGAAGAACAGAAGGAAGAUCAGCUCAACUAUGAGUCAGAAAAAAUGGAAAUCUUGAGAUUGGCCCAAUCAAAGAAGAACAUUAUCAGUUUGAACAUGAACCUGGAAAGGGAUAUGCAGAGAAUAGAUGAAGCCAACCAGGAGCUUCUUCUCAAAAUACAAGAAAAAGAAAAUGAAGUCCAGAGGCUAGAACGUGAGAUGACCCAGACUGGAGACCCUGCAGAAGACGAGGAGUGGGAAAAGGAAAACUACACAGUGAUGGAAAGAGAACAAGCGCUGCAGGAGCUGGAGGAAGAAACAGCCAGACUGGAGAGGAAGAAUGAGACUCUGGUCCAUAGUAUCUCAGAACUUCAGAGAAAGCUUACAAGAAAAUCACAAAAGGUAGUCAAGUGUGAACAAGGUGAUCUGGAAACAAGCCCAGAAGAGUCCAAGGUUAAAUUACAACAGUUGGAGUCAUCCUGUGCAGACCAAGAAAAGGAGCUUGGCAAGAUAAUGGAAGACUAUGUGUUUGUAUCUCAGCUCUGUGAAGAUCAAGCUCUCUGCAUAAAGAAUUACCAGGAAGCUUUGAAGAGGAUAGAAGAAGAACUGGAGACUGGAUACCUUGAAAAAGAAGUAUAUAAAGUCUUAAACAUGGAUUCUGAGAGAGAAAGGAGCACAAGCCUAAGUAAGAAGGAUGGUUUCGUCAGUAAAGGGGCACUGAGGUUCAGUAAAAGGAUUUUUCGCUCCCUCUUGUUCUCCACACUGUUUUUCAUCAGAUUACUGGGGUACCUGAUCUUCCAUUUAAGUUUUAUAAAUCCCGACCUUCUGGUCAAUGCACUGCCCAAGAUACUGAGCAGAGACGUCUUGUGGAGGCUGCGAUGUUUCCUCUUUCCAUCUCUCACGCUUGAGACAGAAGACAUGCUACCCCACUGA